AAUAGUUUAUUUGCCCUGUCAAAGAACACUUUCGCUUUUCGGUAGACUGUCGAAAGUUGAUGAUAAGCGUCUCUGGAUAUUGGGAUUACUGUUUGUCAGUCUCUAAGAAGAAAUAUCUUCUGGAAUUAUCUUUUUAAUACUUAACUGUAGAUUGUGUGGAAGAUUUCGCAGGAAGUUUGAACAGACAGAUCUAUUCACAAUAUGGACACACAAAAACCACCCUGGUUCAUCCGAGUGGCUUGUGGACAAAGCCCCGCCUCCUCAGGGGCAGAGUCAGAUACUGAGGGCAGUAGUACUGAAAGUGAGAGAUCCCAUGCCAGACAGAUGAGUGUUGACUCCACCAAGUGCCUGAUCUCGCCCUCUGUGAUGCAGAAGCGAAUCACAGAGCUUGACCAGCAGAAGGAGGAGCUAAAAAUAGAGCUGCAGCUGGAGAUUGCCCUGUUACAGGGCGAGCUGCAGAUGGAACAAGAGCAUCUGCUCAAACACACUGCACAACUGCAGAAACUGCAGGAGACCAGAAAACAGAAGCAGAUACAGAAAGAUGCCACCACACAGCAGGAGCGUGCACAGCUGGAGCAGGAAAGGCUCAGGGUGGAGGAGCUGAAGAGAAGGUGGUCAGAGAAAGGCAUCACAAAUCCAAGCAGCCCGAGAGAGCAGCAGGUGUUUCGACAUGAGAAGGAGGCAGUGGACACAGCAGUGCGAGCAUUUGAGGACUGGGAGUUCCAUGUACUUGAAUUAGAGAGUGGAUUGGAGGAAGAACACAGCCUGGGCGAGAUAGCGAGAGAGAUCAGCCAUGAACAGCACACAGUCAACAGCACUCAGGAGCAGGUCCAGCAGCUGCAACAGCAGCUGAAAGAGAUGGAGAGAGAGAAAGAGCGAGAGCUAAAUGCCCUCCGGCAGGAGAGAAGGGAACUUCUCCACAAAUCCCAGCGGGAACCUUUGAAGGAAGCACCCGCAGUUCCCCGUAAACGCAGUUCACAUCGUAAACUUUCAGAGAAGCUGCCAAUAUCACAAGGACCCCUGAGGGUGAUGCCAGAUAGGUCAAACCCUGAAGUUAGUCCACCUCUUCCCCACCCAGCACACAGACUCAGUAAUGGGAAUGCUAAUGCGAGUACAAAUGGUAAUGGCUUCCUCACACCAUGUAACAGUGCCAACAGCUCCCGAGCUGCCAGCCCCAAUGUGUGUCUUCUGGACCUUGUGGAGAUUGAGAGGAAAUUACGAGAGGCAAAAGCAGAGAGAGAACGCUUGCUCAAGGAAAGGGAGAGGAGACAGCUUGUGGUAGACGACAGACAGAGAGAGCUGGAGGCUGUGAACACGCAAAUACAUUCACACACACAUUCACAAACAAACAUGAAAUCACACUCACAAAAACGCCUGUACACCUAUACUCACACACAUUCUGAGGAGCACAAACCUAGUCUACUCCAGAGCCCCCCUGAGCAGGGUGUUCCGCUCUUCCUAACUGUGAACUUUGACCUGCGGGCUCAUGUGGAGUCUCUUGGUCAUGGUGUGGCAAGCUGUUUGGGUGUGCAGCUGUCUCCACGGCAGUGUGGGGGUUUCCUAACGAAGCAAGGCGGUCGAGUAAAGACAUGGAGGAGAAGGUGGUUCCUCUUUGACCUGGACCACCGUCGACUAGCUUACUACACUGAUCAUGAUGAAAAGAAACUGAAAGGGGUGAUCUACUUCCAAGCCAUAGAGCAAGUUUACUGUGACCAUCUGUGUACAGCUACCUUAUCACCACGGCCAAGCUUGACGUUCUGUCUGAAGACAUACGAACGGCUUUUCUUCCUCGUGGCCCCCAGCGCAGAGAGCAUGCGCAUCUGGAUGGAUGUGAUUGUCACAGCUACAGAUGAGCACAGCAGAUAUUGACCAACAUGCACCACGACAACUUCAAACCUGGAGCUGUGUGGCAGGUGCUGCUGUGCAGACCACAGAAACUCAGCAAGAUUUUUCACUAAAACAGGCGUAUCAGGCUGAACUCAACAUGGGAAAAACAAUGACAACACAGAUCUGAUAAGAUAAUCAGAAACUGCGAGCCCCAUCUUGGGAGGACUUACAUGUGGAUUAGCCUGCUGAGUCAUGUCUUGGUACCUGCCAGCUGCUGUAGCAUGAAGGCUGAAGUCUUGAUGCCAGUCCGUUAAUCGAAGUCAUCCAAAGAUCUGCUACAAAAUUUUACAUUUUAGUAAAUGCUGCAAGAUUCCAUGAACAAGAGAAAAUCACUAGCCCAAAGGAGUAUAGGCCCUGAAAUCGUUAACUCAUGGGUUAUUUUUACCCAGGGAACCUGGUUAGUUUUGAAUGCAAAUCCACUUAACAGCAUUACCUUGUGGUACUCUGUCACAGCUACAGGCUAGCUGCUUAUAUCCUUAAUAUCCUAGGCCUUAUGAAUAAAACCUUGCAUAGAUUUGACAUUUCAGAUUAGAUGUACACAACAGAAGUUCAGAUUUAUGGAUCUUUGCUUAUACAAAGUCCCAUGCACAUUUCUUUGUACAUCACAUUCAAUAUACAAAUGAGUCCACAUACAGUGGCCUCUCAUCCAGCCUUUUCUUUAAACCAGAGAAUCCAGAUCCUUGAUGGAAUAUUGAAGUUAACAUAAAUACCUCAAUAUUUGCAUGUGCUUGUUAAUAAAGAUUUGCAAAGGCAAUGGGGAAGAAGCAAUGGGGAACUGAAAAAGAAGCCUGAAAUGAAUGUACUUGUUAGAGAAGUGAAAAUUAUUAAGUGGCUUGCUGUCUAUGAUUAGUGAUAAAUGCAUUCUUAUAGUGACAGAGUGCGACAGCAGUCAUAGGUCCUGACAGCAUAGAGAGGCGAACAAUAUCCAAUAAAGCUCCAAUAUUAACGUUUAUCAGCACUGAUGUUAAAAGAACAGUGUUGACUGGUACAGGCACUGGAAGGAUGAGACAUGAAGUCCCAUAAUUGUCUGAGAAACCCUCAUAUUAGAUAAGAAAACAUUCAGUAGAUUAGAGAAUAACAUCACAAAAAAAUACACAAUAUGAACACAGACAGAGAAACACAGAGAAGCAAAUCUGUACUUUUUAUUAUUGAAAGCCAUUAUCAUUUUUGCUAAUUGAAAAGUAUGCCCAGAACCUGUCUGUGAUCAGGACUUGCAGAGGCACAGGUAAAGCUCUAAAGGUAAAGCAAAAUGUAUGUGAAAACAGGCAUAUGCAACUUUUAUGUUAUAGGACCACUGAUGAACAUUUACGACCAGCAUAAAACGGAAAUCUAUUGGCUGCUGCCAUCCUGUGGUCACUUUAAGAAGCUGAAAUGUAUUCUAAUAAACUAAGUAACUAAACAACUGGAAAAAUGUUUUAAAAAAAAUUAAAUUUAAAUUCUUACAGGCUACAUUAUUUAUUAAAAUGGUAUUAUAACAUUGAACUGUAAAAGCUGUAAAAGCAUUGGUCUGAGUGUCUUGCAUAUUUUUUUCAGGAUUGCAGAAACGACAACAUAAUGUGUAAAACUUUAUGAAUGAUAUCAUACCUUUUUGUACAAGUUGUUCCAUACAUUUGUCUAUGAAAAACAAAAGGUGUGUUGUUGUGCUCAAUUCAAGAAAAUAUUGUAGGUGCAUAAAGCAAACAUUGAAAAAAAAGGUCUGCAAAAAUGAAAAAUGUGGCCUGCAUACUACCAAAAAAAUCAUUGUUAUUCCAUUAGUAUGUGAAUCCAACAA